CGACGCGACGUGACGCGGAAGUCGUUUGCAUUAGAAAAGCCCACACCGGACCGGCGCAGCCAGGAGGGAUAGGGCAGUCCCAGGUCCCCGGUGCAGGUGGGCGCAGGUAACCCGUGUUCGCCACUGUACAGUCGUGAACCCGGAAGCGGGUGGCACCACGGAGGGCUCCGUGACGGUGUCGUGCUGUGCGCGCGGUGUCGCUGAUGGCCGGCAGCGGGACACACUCGCUGAGCUCCGUCUGUGUCCGGCCUGGUAGAUUGUAAAAAAAAAGAAAAAAAAGAAAAGUCGAGGUGUCAUGCCAGUCCCAGCAAUGGAAGAGCCCGCGGUCGAUCACCAGAAACGGUUUCAGGCUGCUUUGGAUGUCAUCCACAACCUCCCUAAGAAUGGCUCGUACCGUCCUUCCUAUGAGGUGAUGCUGCGCUUCUACAGUCUGUACAAGCAGGCAGUGUGCGGACCCUGUACAGCGUCCAGACCCGGAUUCUGGGACCCAGUGGGUCGCUACAAAUGGGAUGCGUGGAGCCGCCUGGGGAAGAUGAGCAGUGAGAGCGCCAUGGCAGCGUAUGUGGACGAGAUGAAGAAAGUAGCUCAGGAGGUCAUCAACACCAUGCCCAUGAACGAGAAGACGGCCUCACUCUUCCACCACUUCGAGCCUCUCUACCUGGUCAUCGACGAUAUGCCCCAGCCUCCAGGGUCUCUGCUCACACUUGGAGAAGGUCUUAAAGGCAGCGAGCAAGCUGAAAGACCAGCAGAGAAGAAGAGUGAGGAUGAGGAGCAGGCGGGGCCUAACGAAGAUUCUUUUCUUCCGGAGGAUCCAGAUCGGGACUUCAGCCAGGUUGAGGUGAUAGACAUCACUGCCAACACCAUCCCUAAUGAUCACAGCCAACAUUUCGGAAGAGACCUGGGUGUGUCCGAGGGUUUAGUGUUGACCAGCGACUCAGAGAGCGAGGUCUUCUGUGACUCUGUGGAUUCAGUGGAGCAACUCAGUAACAUCAAGAUUCCAGUUGUCAAGUCCAACGGUUUUCAGAACGGCCAUGAAUCCUUGGAGGCAAUAUGCCAUCAGGAGGCCCGACAGGCCGGAGCUGGUCAAGGUGGAGAGGGAGGGGGUAAUGGGAAGGAUCAGGUUCCCAGCAGAAGGCGAGAAAGCGAGCGGGAGCGUUCCCACCCCAACUGGAGAGAACGUGGUGUUCCUCAGGGCGGCCCGAGGUGGGGGGGCCAAGGUGGUGGUGGCGGCGGCGGCGGCGCUGGACGAGGAGGAGGGGACGGUUCAGAGGGCGGGGCAGAGAGGAUCCACGAUACCCACCUGCAGCAGCAGAUCAUCGUAGCCCUACGAAGGCUCAGAGAGGACAUGAGGAGUGUGAUGGACCGGCUGGAGGUGGUGGAGAGGCUGGCCGCCACACAUGCUCAGGGAUCAGAGUGGGGACCCUGUCUGCAGUGUGCAACCACAGCGUCACAUCAGCAGGAGGAGUGGUGGUGGCCAUUUGAUGUGUCGGGUCAGACCGCCCUCCUCUUCCUGGUGUGGCCCUUUGUGGCUCAGGGCGUGUUCUACCUGCUGAGGAAAGCCCAGAGGAGAAGUCACACGUCUUCGUGAGGGGGGAGAAUAUGACGCCGUUCAGCCACAGCGACCCAUCGGGGCAUGGAGUUACUUUUCUACCACAGAAAGAAUUCCAGUAAGAGUUCACCCCACCCCCACCCCCAUCCCCAUCCUGAGCACCGCGAGGAGGCAGAGAACUUUGUGGACUGUAUCUGGCUGAGUUGUACACCUCAGGAUCCAGAAAAGUCCUCUUACUCAAUGCAGCAAAUGAAUCUUUAUUUAAACUUUUCACGACCCGGCCUGUGUUGGGCAGGAGGAUCGGGACACUGAUCAAAACCGGAGAAGUGCUUCUGCUGAUUAUGAGGAGUCUUAAUUAAAGACUCUGGACUAUGUUAUUGUAUUUUUCCCCUUCUUCUGGUUUUGCUUCCAUAAGCUCAAACAUCUUUGGAAUAUUAUCUGGACAAUGCAGCAGAAGGAAUCUGCUUUGUGAUCGAGCGGGUCUACAGAUCUUAUGUAGAUGUGAUAAUAUUACUACAAUAUGACACUGAAUUGUGAAUGUCACAUUGGAAUCGUGUUUCCAUUGGUCCCUCUCAUCUGUUUGACUGCCUGUACAUGACAUUGCAUUCAGACCCCCUUCACUUUAUUCACAUUCUGUUAAGUUGCAGCCUAAUGUUAAAACAAUAAUAGUAAUAAUAAUAAUAAAUGAUAAUAAAAUACAAGGCUGCAACAAUAAAUAAAAAAAGUGAAUCCUUUCUGAAUGCACUAUACAUCCAAACUAUUUAAUCAAAGUGAAACUUCAGCAUCUCCUUUUGUGAAUCCCAUAUCACCGUUUUCAAAAUCAGAUUCUUUUGUUACAUGUUGAACUUUCAACUACUGUGACUCAUAAACAAUUACUAAAUA